CUCAACACAGAGGUCGGUCUUGUGAAGAGCAUUCGUGAAUUCUGGAAUAUUGUUGCUUGUUAAAAGUUUAGGUGAUGCAAAGACAUUCGGCACUGUUCAGGAAUGUGACUGUGUUUCAUUGACAAUUGUUUUGAAUAAUGUCAAUUUAACGCAUUGAUAUUGCCCUUGGUGGCUAGCAUUAGCCAGUUAGCUAGCGUCUUUACGUCUGAGAGACUGGAGCGUGCUGCUGGUGAAGAGAAAAGGGCAUCCUGGCGAAGAGAAAAGGGCAUCCUGGCUGACAACAAUCGGACUGUCUCGGGACUUCAAUUUUAAUUUGUUGCAACUAUGAAGUUAACGCAAUUUUUGCUAAAGAACAGCUCCAUACCUAAACAAGCACUAGUGGAUAGGUUUUCCAAGUUCUCACCUUCGCCGCUGUCAAUGAAACAAUUCAUAGACUUUGGCUCGGCCAAUGCCUGUGAGAAGACGUCCUUUGUGUUCCUGCGUCAGGAGCUUCCUGUCCGGCUGGCCAACAUCAUGAAGGAGAUCGACUUCCUCCCUGACAAGCUUCUCGGCACCCCCUCACUACAGCUGCUACAGAGCUGGUAUGCAACAAGUCUGAUGGAGCUUGUGGGCUUCCUGGAGAAAGAUGCUGAUGAUAAAACGAUCCUAAAGAAGUUCACUGAGACGCUGGUGAACGUCAGGAACCGUCACAACAACGUGGUCCCCACCAUGGCCCAGGGCGUAGUGGAGUACAAGGAGGCUUUCGGCUCUGACCCUGUGACCAAUCAGAACGUCCAAUACUUCCUGGAUCGCUUCUACAUGAGCCGUAUCUCCACCCGCAUGCUCAUGAACCAGCACUCUCUCAUCUUUGAUGGAAGUGCCAACCCCGCCCAUCCCAAGCACAUUGGCACCAUCGACCCCGACUGUGACGUGACAGAGGUGGUAAAAGAUGCCUUCGAUAGUUCCAAGAUGCUCUGUGAGCAGUACUACCUGACCUCGCCAGAGAUUGACAUCACACAAGUCAACGCCAAAGGUCCUGACCAGCCUCUUCGUAUUGUCUAUGUGCCUUCCCAUCUCUACCACAUGCUGUUUGAGCUCUUCAAGAACGCCAUGAGAGCAACAGUGGAGACUCAUGAAAUGGCCCUGCAUCUCCCGCCGGUCAAAGUUCGAGUCUCACUGGGCAGUGAAGACCUGACAAUAAAGAUAUCAGAUCGAGGAGGUGGUGUUCCCCUGAGGAAGAUAGAGCGUUUGUUCAGCUACAUGUACUCCACCGCCCCCAGCCCCGUCGAUAUUGACAACUCACGCAACGCUCCACUGGCUGGUUUUGGCUACGGUCUUCCCAUCUCCCGUCUCUAUGCCAAGUACUUCCAGGGAGACCUGCAGCUCUACUCCAUGGAGGGAUAUGGGACGUCAGCUGUCAUCUACCUGAAGGCCUUGUCCUCAGAUUCUGUGGAAAGACUUCCUGUUUACAACCAGUCAGCCAUAAGGCAUUAUCAGACGAGCAACGAGGCGGAUGACUGGUGCAUGCCCAGCAAGGAUCCCAAGAAGCUGGGGAAGUAUGAGAGGAGAAGUCAAGAGGUGUAACGGUACACGUGUUCGUGCCAAACUGUUCGGUAGGGGGCCUCGGUUCAGUCUGCACUCAACCUGAAUGAAUACAUUUAAUAAAAUAUAUACAAAAUAAAAGGCCUAUAGGCAAUGCCUACGCUGCGUUGUUGGCCGGUGCCUCGAGUAAA